AGUAUUUGGCUGGAUGAGUGCCUUCAUAGCCAUAACCACGGUUCGAGCACAGGUUUGUCUCGUCCAUCAAGAUUGGUGGCAGUCGGUACUGCAGAUGGCACCGAGCCUAUCAAGAUCGUCGAUGACUCAGAUCCUGGCCACGAAUAUCUGACUCUCAGCUACUGCUGGGGUAGGACAGGCAACUUGUGCACCACUGCUGAGACUUAUGAGACAUUUUGCACAUAUAUACCUUGGGCGAAGCUCCCCAAAACAUUCCAAGAUGCUAUUCAAAUUGCACGCAACCUGGGGGUUGGACAUAUCUGGAUCGACUCCUUGUGUAUCGUACAGGGUGACUUGCAUGAUUGGGAAACAGAAUCUGCCAAGAUGGCAGACAUCUACAGCGGUUCACUUAUGACCAUCAUGGCCGCCGCUGCCUCUGACAGUCACGGCGGAUGCUUCCAAGAUCGCUUUGCUAUCCAAAACACGUACAGCCCACUAUUUCAGCGCGGGUGGGUGUUUCAGGAGCGACUGAUGUCAAAAAGGAAGUUAAUUUUUGGCGACGACCAGACCUAUUGGGAGUGCAACACUAUAGUUCUCUCAGAGUCGGAUAUCCGACGUCGGGACAAAUUUGCAAAGUACAACCGUGUGCGCAACGAUGCUUUCCGAAUCUUCUCCGACCCGUCAUAUAGAUUAAAUUGUCCAAGAUCACGGGCGAGGCUGUGGAUGGAUUUGGUCGCGGACUAUUCUCGUUGCUUGUUGACGUACUACACAGACAGACUACCUUCGCUAAGCGGACUUUCACGAUCUUUUGCUCAGCAAUCUGGCGAAUCUUAUGUUGCUGGACUGUGGAGAGAGCAGAUGCCUCACUCACUCUGUUGGCGUGUAUACUACAGAAUGUCCGAAGAGAGUUGCGAACAAGAUUACUGCGCACCGUCAUGGUCAUGGGCUUCUGUGCCAGGCCAAGUCACUUUC